AAAAACCCCACCCCCCCCUGAGCCAUGGGGGUCCCCGUGGGGGCCGUGGCGCUUUUGGGGGCCCUGUGGUUUUUGGGGUGUCCCCCCGGGGGGGGCGCCGGGGACUGCAAAGGGCAGAGGAGGGUCCUGAGGGGGUCCCGCGGCUUCGUCACCGACGGGCCCGGCAACUACUCCGUCAACGGCAACUGCGAGUGGCUCAUCGAGGCCCCCAGCCCCCGUCACAGGCUGCUCCUGACCUUCACCUUCAUGGACACGGAGUGCACCUACGAUUACCUGUUCGUCUACGACGGGGGCUCCACGCGCAGCCCCCUCCUCGCCGCCCUCAGCGGGAGCUCCCUGCCCGCCCCCCUCGAGGCCACCUCGGGAAAGAUGCUGCUGCACCUGUUCAGCGACGCCAACUACAACCUGCUGGGCUUCAACGCCAGCUGGGAGGCCUCGCUGUGCCCGGGGGGCUGCUCGGGGAGGGGGCUCUGCGACCCCCAGGGCCUCUGCCGGUGCCCCCCGGGCUGGGGGGGACCCUCCUGCGCCCGCCCCCGCUGCCAGGACCACUGCAGGGCCCCCGGGGGCACCUGCAACCAGGAGUCGGGGGUCUGCGAGUGCCAGCCGGGUUUUUUGGGGUCCUCCUGCGACCUGGCCCUGGGGGACAACCUGGGGAAGUCUCCUGGGCUGGACCUGAACCAGGCCCUGGGAGACCUCGUGGUCUACAACUUCAGCACCAACCGCUGGAGCCGCAUCCUGGGGACCCCAGCCCG